GUAGCCGAAGACCGAAACUCACAUAAAAAAGGGUGGAGAAAGAAAAUCAAAAUCGCAGAAAUCUCCCGCAAUAGAGGAAGAUAGAGAGAGAGAGAGAUCUGAAAUCUGUAGUCGUCUUCGCUCUGGAGAUUCCAGGAGGGAGAGUCGUGGCUCCAUCUGGGCCACAAACCCUCUCUCGAAGAAAACACCACCACCAAAACCCCCCUCCUUCUUCUCCUUCUUCUUCUUCUUCUUCUUCUUCUUCACAGCCAAUCACCGGCCGUACACGUAUCAUCUACAGAGAAUCCCAGCCGCCUGAUUUCCCUUUCUGGCAGCAGACCUGGUUCCUCCUCCUCCUCCUCUUCAUGGCCAUUUCCCUUUUUGCCCUAGCCCUCUUCCUCUUCCUUGGCCUGGACCUCGACCAGUCCUCUCCCUUCCCCGCUUCUGCCGCCACCGAAGGCGUUGAGAUUACGUAUGGGUCAGUGCUGAAACUGAUGCACGAGCGGACGAAAUUCAGGCUGCAUUCGCAUGAUGUGCCAUACGGCUCCGGAAGUGGGCAACAGUCCGUUACCGGAUUCCCGAACGUCGAUGAUUCCAACAGUUAUUGGAUUGUGCAUCCUUUGCCAGAAUCCUCUGCCAAACAAGGUGAUGGCAUUAAGUCUGGAACUAUCGUCAGACUGCAGCAUAUGAGGACCCGAAAAUGGCUGCACAGCCACUUGCAUGCAUCCCCUAUAUCUGGUAACCUGGAGGUGAGUUGCUUUGGAGGGGAAGACCAAUCCGAUACUGGAGACUAUUGGAGGCUUGAGAUCGAGGGGAGUGGAAAGACAUGGAGGCAAGACCAAAGGGUGAGGCUACAACAUGUUGACACUGGCGGCUACCUACAUAGCCAUGACAAGAAAUACACUCGGAUAGCUGGAGGCCAGCAAGAGGUAUGUGGUGUUCGAGAUAAGCGUCCCGACAACAUUUGGUCGGCAGCGGAGGGGGUAUACCUUCCGGUAACCGGGAGCCAGAGCCAGUAGACCCCCUCAAUUUCAUUCAGGUAUUAGAUGUAUUGAUUAAAAUUCUAGUUCUUGUGGUGAGUGGCAGAAGAACAUCUCUCGGUCAUAGUCUUGGUCUGAGCAAAUUUAAGAGCUGAUAUCACUGACCCAUGGUUUCUACGCAUCAGACACCACACUGCAGCUUUUUCUUCUUCUUCUUCUUCUUCUUUUUCUUUUUUUUUUUCUUUUCUUUUUUGGUAUUAGGGCAUAGUUUAUUUUCCGACCCUGUCUUUAGGGCUGACUGUGACCAACAUCCUUUCCUAUGUGGAGUUGAUGAGAUCUCCCCCAACUCAGUUGCAAUAUAGUAUAUAAAGGACACUUACAAGUUACAAUGCA